UGUCACCUCAAAUCGAUAGAGUUGCCCUUCCUUUGAGACUGAUUCAUGGCAAGUACUACAAUCCUUUCCGCCACGAUGUCUUUGUCCGUUCGUUUCUUAGUGGCCCAUAUGAAAGUAUUUAAGCAAUAAGAUGAACAGUGGUUUCUACACUACACUACGUUCCUUCAGCUAAGUACUCAGGCUAUUAUUCACAAUUGCUUGCUAUUCACGACACAAACUCUGGUUAGUUUUUCGUUUACAAUUGCUGAUUUUAUUGACAUCGAGUCUCAGCGCAUCAGACGGCGGACUAAGCCAUCAAAGAAUGACAGAAUUACUAGUGUCACUCCCCGAAGAACUUCUAUCUCAUAUCCUAAGCUUCCUUCCCUGGCAAGACAUUCUACGUUGUACAACCCUUUGCAAGGCCCUUCGUCAGACAUACCUGUCGUCCUCCGAGCUUCAGUAUAUCACUGAAAUGGGCGGCCAACAACUGCUUCCCGUCUUCAUUAAUCACCGCAUUCCUUUUUCAAAGCGCCUACAACUCCUAAGGGAUAAAUCCCACGCGUGGUCCAAGUUUGACACUCACUCUUUCGAAAUAAUCUAUAUACCAGUACCAUUCCAUACACGAGUAACAGUGUCCAUUGUCAGUGGACAUGCCUGCUUCUGGAAACCGACUAUGCACUCGAGCAAGAUCUUUCCGAUAGUACCAAAGCCCUUACAACAAACCAUCGAGCGUGAUUUCUCCCCAGAUUCGCUUUGCUCACUUCCCAAACAGAAUCAAAGCGACUUCGAUGUUUUGAAUGUUUUGAUGGACCCAGUGCAAAAUCUAAUUGCCAUCGUCUAUGCCACGGUCAUUAGAAAUGGCGGCCUGGUGUAUGAUAAGGGGUACUAUAUUGACCUUGUAGCUCUGGAUGGAGAUUGCACCCACCCUCAAGCCGCUGGACGAACUCUGUUUCUCUCUAACUUGCCAACACGCAGUGAUUUUAUUACAAAGAGUACGAAAAUAGAAGGUUUGGGGAGGCAUAUCGCAUUGCGACUGUUUGACGGUGAUCAGCCACCUAUCCCUUCAUUUGCGUCCAGAUGGUGGUUGCAGAUUUGGGACUGGCAACACUCAACAACAUCUAAUUGCAUCCUCGGCGGCCCAAUACUAGAUCCUGAUUUCGACGAGAUCGACAUCUGCUUCCUCGGACAUGAUAGAUUUUUGGUUAGCAACGAUGAUUUAAAGCUGUAUUCAAUCGAGGACAUGUCUCGGGCACCGCUCUUGCUGACUCGCUUUUUGUUACCCUCAUCAGCAGUGAAUCUACGAUGUUUCACUCUGACAGAUGAUAUUGCACGUAGCUCACACCCCCAGAUGCACGCCCCACAAGUAGCAUGGAUCUCGGAUCCUAAACAUCGACUAAUCUCUCUUAUCACGUGGGAUUCAGAACUCUACUUCAUAAUUUCCACCAGGAUUUUCUUCGAGCUCGACUUCGUUAAUUCGGAAAGAAUACCAUGGGAAUCUUGGGGUCCUUUGAAUGCUCGUAUAUUCCCCCACCAGUCUUCAUGCAAACUUGGCGUUAGCGGGAGUCGAGCUUUGUAUGCAUUCACUGUUGGCGUAGAAGAAUCUGAUGACGGCUUGAUCGAGAUAGAGUACAGGUUACAUCUCAUGGACUUUAGUCCGUUAGCUAUUGCGCGUAUUGCCAUGAAGAUAUGGCCGGCUUGUCGCCAGACGACAGAUAUGCUAUGACCUGAUCGAAGGACAUGCGUCGUUGGCUAUGUCUGCCACCACCGUGACGAACUCAAACCAGAGAGAAUUAGACAGGAUUUAUACGCGUGGUUGUCUG